GGAAAACAACACGUGACAAGACCGGUCACGACGUUCGUGGGGAGGUGGGAGUGGAGUGCUUUAAGAGCACCUGAGCCAGGUAAACCUGUCACAGCAAACCUCAAUCAACACAGCAGAAUCAUCACCUGCAGUAAGAACAGGGGACUCUGUCUAUCCUGCACAAUCGUCCCUCGGCUUCGUCUAAGGAAUAUACUGAUCCACAUCCACGCCGACUCCACCAUGUUCAUCAACGAGGAGCUCGAGUGCAUCGUGUGCUGCCACGAGUAUUCCCGCAGCGACCGGAUCCCGCGGCUCCUCCACUGCAAGCACACCUUCUGCGCCUCGUGCCUGGAGAAGCUGUCCAAGCUGGAAGGAGUGGUCCGCACCGUCUCCUGCCCCCUGUGCCGCUGGAUCACCUGCACCCGGGCCAGUCUGACCCUGCCGGGGGCCCUGUGGGUCAACACGGAGAUCUGGGACCAGAUCGCGGAGGAGAAGAGGCAGCAGCGGAAUAGGGAGGAGGAAGAGGAGGGAAUGAACGACACAGACGCCCAGCUCAUCAAGACACAGCUGUCGAACUCGAGACAGUCUGGCUUUAUGUCCGCACUCAAGAAAAUCUUCAACUGCGUGCUGCAGCAAGGACAAGAGAUGGACGGCUGCUGACACCGAGGACAGCGGAGGAAAUGUCAUCUCCCUUUCUCCUCGCGUUUAACUUGACGGACAUGAUGAAUGUGGCAGCGGGCUCGGCGCGGUUUUCACGACCCCGGAGGCCGCUUUUAACGGAGCAGAGGUCUGAGGUGGCUCUGUGAGGACCCGAGGGCCCGGACUGCUUCACGUGAAGUUUUUAAAGUUCUUAAAAAAGGAACUGCGCUGCUUGUAAGUCGAAAUACCUUCUGUGAAUUUGAUGUAAAACACCGCACACCUUUUUUUCUUUAAAAAAAAAAAAUCACAAUAAGAGUAACUGUGAACGAUCAGAAUCAAUCAGUAAUCAAUUUCCUACUUUUCUGUGUGAAUAGCUCGUUCUGAUUAGAAGAAUGACAUUCAUACGGGAGGCUGUGAAUUGUAAAAUAUAACAUGAUAUACUGUAAAUUAUUAAUUAAAGUAUUUAUAUGUGUAUAGUAUUUUGUUAACUGUUGUCACACGUGCUUUGGUACAUCUGUAAGAAAGUUUGAUUUUGAUUUGAAUACUUCUUAUUUAUCAUUCACAUGAAUGAUUCAUAUCCUCAAAGACAGACUUAUUUAUAUUUAUAUAAUAGAGAUAAAAUCAUAAAUAUUGACACAUAGUUUUGUUGUGAACAAAAUGAUAGUGAUUGUACCAUGAAGAAUAAUGUUUUCAAAACCAAAUAUGAGCAACGUUUUAAUAAAAGCUGUUCAGAAGUA